AUGAGCAAAGGGUCCAUUUAUAGGUGGCAAAAACCAAACCGUUGCACUGAACAUUGCUAUAGGAACAUUGCCAAAAAGAACGUUGGAAAUGAUCAAAAUUCCUUGGAUACAAAAGUUGUACGAGAGAUACUGAGUAAGCUUUUAACAGCUAGACUUGUCAAAAGCUGCCCUGUCCCUGAGCCAGUUGUUUCUAUCUCAUUUAAAGAAACUACUACUAGGAAGCGGGGUGCUAAGUCUGCCAAGAUAUUUGAAGCACCCGAGACAUUAGAGCAACGUGUUGUAGAAGCAGCAGUGCCUGGGGAUGCAAUCAGAUUUUCAUUCGCUGCGGAUAUGAAAUCUAAUGUUGACAAAGAAACAAAUUCAGAUGAUAAUGAAAUUGUUAGCGUUCAACAGAAUGAUGAAAAAGAGGAGGAAAUUCUUUGGCGUGCCAAUUUUGAGGAGUUUAUUCGUCAUCUUAGACAUAAGGCAUUGAUUGAGAAUAUAAGAACUCAGCAUGAUGAUGGAACUGCUACUGUCUUAAGUGCAGUAUUGGAGGCAACAAAAACUGUAGAGAAAAAAGUGAAAAUGGAGAAUUCAGUUCCCCUGUCACUGGAUACAAUUAUCGCAGAGGUGAAGACUAAUACAGGACGAACGAUGACUAUAGAUCGUAUCAGUGCUUCCCUUAGCCAGUUGGGCUGUUCACAGAGGAUGAUUGUAGAUGAUGCAUAUAGUAUUGAUUUGAAGAAAAUUAUUGAACGGGCUCAAAAUGAAGAGGUUGAGUCAAUUGUGUUGAAAAGGUAUGGAAGGGAUGCAUACUGA